CAAAACAGGAACCUACUCUUUAUUAAUGGAAAAAUUGAACUGUCAAACAUCAUGGAAGAAUGAGAUCAUUAUUAGGGUUGAAUGUGAAGAAUAAGGAAAGUUUCAGAGUCUCAAAGUAACUGCAAAAUAAUGGAGGAGGAGAAAAAGGUGUUUGGAUGAAUGAAAAAACAUAACAAAGGCGAGGGGGGUGAGAUUCUUUCGUCUCAAUCUCUUGCAGCUCAAUCCAAAAGGAAGUGGAGACCAUGAAGUUUGAGUGGAUUUCACGUAGCCUUUUAAGCAAGAAAUUUAGUGGUGCACCAUACUGUAGAAGUAGUAUUGCAAUUCCAUCCCACCCUUCAUUGACUUAUAUGCAAAUCAGCUUACAUAUACUUGAAGCAUAUUUUUCCUCCUUGGGUCCAUGUCUUGUAACAUACACAAUCUAAGUCUUCUAUUCUAUGGUGGGUUUGGAUUAUAAAUAGUCUGCAUAAUUCCCUUCGUAAUCAAGAAGCUCUCAAAAGUUGUGUAGGUGACAGGAAUAUGAAUAAGGGUGUAAGCAACAUGAGGUCCCUUAGAAGCCAUAAUGCAAUAUGGAGAAGCAUACUCUUGUUUCUAGUUAUGUUCUUCUCAGUGUGUGUGAUGUGUAUGGAGUAUCAUGAUCCUGCAAACUCUAGGUGUUUGAGUCCUGAAAUUGUCUGUUCAGAGCCUUUGAAUCAAUGUCCAGCUACAAUUCAUUCAAAGAGCAUGAUAGAAGAACCUUUGUCAUUCAUAGACACAGAUGAAGAGGAUAGUGUUUGUGCUGUUGAUGAGGAAGAUAAUGGAGAUGAAGAGGAGGAGGAAGAAGAGGAGGGUGACAGCACUAAUCAUUUACAAAUCUUUUCUGAUUCAUCAGAUCCAUUGGCUGGUAAAGUUGUGAAUGUUGAUAGUUUUGGAGCCAAAGGAGAUGGAGAAACAGAUGACACAGAGGCAUUUUUGAAUGCAUGGAAAGAGGCCUGCUCCUCUGCUCCUUCAACGUUCAGAGUACCAAAAGGAAAGACUUACAUUGUGAAACAAGUUACCUUUGCUGGUCCAUGCCAAUCUGCCUUAAGAGUGCAGGUGUCUGGUUCAAUAGUAGCACCAGAGGAUCCCAGUGCUUGGAAUGGAUCAAACCCAAGGUUGUGGUUGCAUUUCAAAAGUAUUAACGAUCUAACAGUUAAUGGUGGAGGUACAAUAGAUGGCAGAGGACAAAAAUGGUGGGCCAAAUCCUGCAAAGUCAACAAAGAAAACCCAUGCUCCUCAGCUCCAACGGCAGUAACCUUUGAGUCUAUCAACAAUCUGCGUGUGAAAAACUUGGAAGUAAAAAAUUCUCAACAGAUUCAGGUGGCUUUUCAAAAAUGUUUUUCUGUACAAGCAAGAAAAUUGAGGGUGACUGCUCCUGAACAUAGUCCCAAUACAGAUGGCAUUCAUAUCACUGCUUCCAAGGAUGUGGUGAUAAAAGACAGCAUCAUAGGAACUGGAGAUGAUUGCAUAUCCAUAGUCAGUGGCUCUGUUAACAUUAAAGCUCAGAAUAUAACCUGUGGACCUGGUCAUGGAAUAAGCAUUGGAAGCCUGGGCAAAGGAAACUCAGAGGCAGAGGUGUCCAAUAUAAUGGUGGAUAAUGCCUACAUUCAUGAUACUACUAAUGGAGUGAGGAUCAAGACAUGGCAGGGUGGCUCUGGCUUUGCUAGGACUAUAACAUUCAGAAAUAUAUACAUGAAAAAUGUCUCUAAUCCUAUCAUCAUUGAUCAGAACUACUGUGACUCAGACAAACCAUGUCCAAAAGAGGAUUCAGCUGUGAAGAUAAGCAAUGUUACCUACCAGAGCAUCAAGGGAACAACCCCAAGCAAAGAAGCCAUAAAAUUUGAUUGUAGUGAAGCUGUCCCUUGCCAAGACAUUUCUAUGGAGAACAUUCAUUUGGACUUGAACUCAGGAGGCACUCCAAGCUCAUAUUGUUCUAAUGUGAAAGGAUCCACAGAGGGAGACAUAGUUCCUUCUGCCUGUUUCUAAAACUAUAUCUGUUCUUAAGUCCUCUCAAUACCAUAACAUGUUCACUUACUGUUCACUUACUGUAGAUGUAGAUUAAAUAACACUGCUGAAAAGUAUGUACACCAUUUUGUAGCUAUGAAAUGAAAAUGGUAUAAAUUAUAUAGUUAUAUUUGUGUUCAAA